AUGGCAAACGAUAAGCAACAUGGCUUUAUUUCAAGAACUGUGGGACUAUCACUCGGCUUUCUGGGGAUCGUGGGAUUAGUGCUAUCGCUUGUGUCUCUCUUGCCAGUCAACUUUUACAACAUCUUUGUGGCGGUCACUGCUCUAACUCAAGUACUAAGGCAUGAAAAUGACUGGUGGGCUCUCUCUUCGGAAGGUACUUUAUACGCUGUCUUUUUGACUGGUGCUAUCCUCUCGUCCUUAAUCACGAUCGCCAUGGUGUUGGUGACGGCAUGUCGUCAAAGACCGCACGAUGCACAGAUGGCGGCAGCGUCAGCAGCUGUUGAGCACGAUAUAGAAGGAAAAAGGAGAUCAAGCGUGUGGUUAAGUCGUAUGGGCUGUCUUAUUUUUGUUGGACAGAUUAGUUGGGCGUUAUUUGGCACCCACCUCUUGUUCUUUUUGGGAGAUACCAGCUUACCUGCCACGAUUCACAAAUCAACCAUGUUAUCCGUUCUUAUCCUGUGGCUAAACUACCUUAUCCUCACCGUCUUUGCAUUCAUCCUCUUUUGUGCCUCGUUCUUUAUUAUCCUCGGUGCUCGUCGUGGUCAUCCUCGUCGUCCUUCCACUACUAGACCCCCUUCCGUUGUUGGAGAAGAGAUGCAAUAUCAUCGUGAGGAAACUACACCAUUGCUUAGCAACAAUAAUACCUCCUUGUAA